AUGUCUGCGCUGGAUCUGGUGGAGGAGUUUCGAUCCCUAGAUGAGGUGGAGGAUAGCGACAAGGUCGAGGACAGCGCCAUAGGCAAGCUCUCGGGGGUGCACAACAGCAUAGGCGGUGCAGACCUCUCGGGCAUCUUGGCCCUCGACGAUGACGACAACAACGACGACUUCGACGCUAUCGCCGCCGCCGCCGCCGCCGCUGGCAAAGACGCCGCUUCGACCACCGCCGCCACCGCCCCCCUGCGGGCAUCGGCAUUGUCCUUCGCCGAAGACGACGUCGCCGCCGCCGCCGGAGGAAAACUAGGAAGCGGGGACGGCGAUCAGCUUGCGCUCGAAACCGGCGGGGAGAGUGAGGCGUGGGACAGCGAAGAGGAUGACGGGCAAGGGGUUGUCUCGCCGGGAACGGCACCUAACAGCAGCCAUGGUGGUGCUCUUGUUGGUGGCGCCGGCGGUACGGGAAGAUCCAGUGCCAUCGGCGGUGGUAGGGGCGCACGCGAAGAGUCGAGGAAGAAGCCGAGCUCUUCUGCCGAAAGCUCUCCGGCGGGGCUCGAAGGCGGCCUGUCCUCGCCGAAGCGGCCGGCCGAAGAGAGCUCCGACUGGGACGGGGAGGAGGCGGGGCGGAGCAGCGACGACGACGAGAGCGGUCCAAGGCGGCAGCUGGCGGCUUCGGACUGCUGUGAGGAGCUGCCGUGGUCGAAUGUCAACCCCGAGAGAGGAAACGACGACAGCAGUCCAUCGCCCGGACUCUCCCCCUCGCCCUCCGCCAGGCCGACGGAUUCUGAGCUGGGCGGCGGGGGAAGGAGCUCUGCGGCGGCGGCGGCAAUUAGCGACGAAGAAGGUGUUACCGCUGUAGCAGCUGGGGGCACCAUCACCCACGAACACCACCGAAAAGGUUUGUUGCCAUCUUCACGGCGAAGGCUAAGCACGCAAUCCGACGACCAAGCCGAAGAACCCAUUGGCGUGGCGCGAGGCGAUUCGACGCCGCGGAGAUCACGUGCCCAUGACCGAUCCGCCCAUGGCACCGACGACGAAGCAGGGGCGCAAGUCACGUUCCAGGCAAGCGAAACGGGGGCAGAGGCGGGGGGAGAAGAUGCGGCCACGAUCCGCGCGCUUCGGGCCGAGCUAAGCACCUUGAGAGAGCACGUCCUGCGAUCAGAGCAGAAGAGAGAGGCCCAGCUGCGCGAGCUCGGAACGAGGCUAGCGGUGCAAGAGAGGCGGAGCGGGCCUGAGCGCUCGGGUUCCGCCACGAGCACCGCGCUAAGGGAGGAGGGGGAAAGAGAAGCCGUGGCCGCCAUCGGGACGGCAGCCCUGGUUGUUGGCGAGGCCGUCGAGACUGGUCGGGAUAAGGGCGGUUGCAGAGAUACCCCGCGGGGCGCCGUGGUUCGGAACCCGUUCGCGGGUACCGGGGGAGGUGCGGCGACGACUCCCCGGGAUCACUUCCCGGCGUUCGAAGACGCGCUGCUCGAUCCCGGAGAGAGCGAAGCGACUCCGGGCGGCAGCGGGGACGAGGGGGGAGGGGUUCGAGGCCAGCGGGGGGAGGAGGGGAGCAAGUCCGCCAUCAACAACGAGGCGUUCGACUUCAGCAUCGACACCCUCAGCCACAUCAACAACCACACGGACUUCGGCACGGACGCUCCCCUGACCCCGGCGCUGCCGUCCGCCGCCGCGGCGACGUCGCCGAAGGUCGGCAGGGGGGCCGCGGGACAGGCGAGGCUCCCGUGGGUGACGGGGGGGGGGGCUUCUUCCGCGCAAGACGGCGGCCGUGGUCGCUCGAAGAGGCUGGUGAGGGAGGAGGAGGAGGAGGAAGACGCUGCUGUAGAGGAGGCGUUUUUCUCGGACGCGUGCGCUACCGCCAGCCUCAAGACGCCGGUGAAGCACAUGCUGACCACCGCCGCCUCGGACCUAGGCGUCGCCGUUCGCAGGGGCAGACGGCCCGACACCGGGAAGGCAGCCUCUUCCGCCGCCACGGUACCGACGAGACGCAAGCCUCCGGCCCCGUCUUGCUUCAAGGUCGAGCAGAAACAGGAGAGCAGCAGUCGCCGAAGAAGCGGGGCAGGCGGACGGCCUCCGCGUGGCCGUGAGAGCCCUCUGCCGGACCCCCACAGCCCGGAGCUUUGUAUGGCCGAUGUUUUCGCCCGCGCGUCCGCCGAGCUCGACGGAGAUGGUGGCGGGGUGGAGGAAGAAGACCGGAGCUGCUUGCCGAUCGAGUGCGGCGCCGUUGUUUCCGCGGACGCGGCUACGGUAGCAGCAGAUCCGCCAAAGGGGGAGAGGGUGUCAGUGGGGGUGGACGCCGGGUGCCAGACGAGCUGGAGCUUCUCCGCCCGCGAUGAGAUCCGGUUCGUCUCGAUCCCGGCCAACCCUCCGCUGUCCACGCGGAUGGCGGACGGGAGGAGCUGCCGAAGAGGGGCGGAGGAAGGCGCGGCGGCGGCGGGGACGGCGGGCCUCGCAAGUCGCCCCGCAGGGAAGCCGGAGAGGGCGGCGCCGGGGGCUGCGGUGUGUGUUCCCGGUGAUGUACCAGUGGCAGAUCCAGGACCGUGCUGCACGCCGCGGCAAUCCCGGCUACCUCUGUGCCACACCCCGAGCCGACGGCCCCGGCGGAAGAGCGACGAGAAUCUAGCUGAAGGAGCUGCCCCAAAGUCCGAAACCUCAUCGUUUUUCGACAGCCCGAACCUUAGCCCGAUCCCCGCGGUCGCCCGCGCAGGGCUACCUCACAGCGCAUCCCAGAACGUGGUCGUCCCUUCCGGAGGGCGGCGAGGGGGUGGGGGUAACGGGGGCGGGGGCGAGCCGCGAGUUAUGAGCGCUCGACGAUGCCAGCAACAGCAGCAGGAUCACGGACUUUCUACGAUCCUCAGCGAGGGGGAGGGGAGCGCGUCGCCGGGUGGCGAGAAGACUCGUCAGGGGUUCGGUCGCCAGGCUCACGACGGGCCGGCGGCAGAGAGACGAGCGUCAAGCGCUACCGGCGGGGUGGGAGCCGGCGAUUGGGCGCGGGGGUCAGAGUCCUCCUCAAGCCGGAGGGAGUCUCCGUUUCUCGCCGCCGGCGUGCCGCGGGUUCCAAGGGCGGGGACAGCGGUAGACCGGAGCUCGGGGAGCGGGCCGCUGUUCAUGGACUCCUUCGCGGACGUGACGCGCUCGUCUGUGCUCCGGGCAUCCAGCACCCUAAACACCAUCGCCCCGCUGGACGACACCGGGCCGCCGUUGUCGUACAGCUCGCGGAUAGGUGUUUCCUUCGCCGGGGAGCUUUUCGCGGACUCGAGGCUCCGGGCAUCGUCGGGUUCCUACCGAGCCCCUCGGUACGAUGCUUGCGCUACUCCUCAAAGGGAGGGCGAGCAGACCCGUGCCGGGGGAAGUUGCGGCGCUCUGCCGCUGCCCCGUGCGCAGCAGCAACAAGUGUCUUCGCAGCGGCAGCGGCGGUCGUGGUCGGCUCCUACGCUGUUCUCGGAGUGGUCGAAGAAGCACGGCGCCGAGGCAGAUCGAGUCGUCGCGCCGGGGGGCCCGCAAAAGGAAAACUCGCUUGGGCUUGGGGGAGUACCCCCGGAUGUGGUCGGGGCGUGGCUGGCGUUGGCGAUCGAGGGAAUCUACUCCCACAACGAUAGCGGCGGAGGCGUAACGGACAAACGAAUCGGGGAGAGUGGCGGGAGUCAGGAUCGGCGAGACUGUUCGCUCGGCCGAGACCCUGGCCCUGCGGCGAGGCCGUCGUCCGGCGGAGGUCAAGCCGUACUCGCUCGUAGUUGCACCCAGGUCGGCGGCGCCUUCGCCUCUGGGCCGGAGGAUUCGCCCCCUCCCCCGCCCCCUCCCCCCGAGGCACAGCUGGAGAACGAAGAGGACGGCGGCGCUAACGAGGAAGAAAUAUUCUACCAGCGCCAGCGCCUGCUGCAGCGGGUGGUGUCCGCUGCGGCUAGCCACGGCGGGGUAAUGUCACCGCUUCUGUCGUCGGUGCGGGGGCAGGAUCAUCGAGAGCACGGCGAACAGGAGGUUGCGCCGGGGGGGGAGUCGUGGCGGAGACACUCGGACCCACUAUCGACGUGGAAGGUGCCAGCGGCGGGGUCUGGUGCCGUAGACGCGACCGAGACCUCGGCAGCAGCGGGCACGGCCAGCGGUUGGCCCGACAGCGGCAGUGGCACGUCGGCUGCUUACAUGCGGCGGCACACGUCGGGCUAUUGGCGAGAUAGGCUCGGCAUGACGCACUAG